AUGGCGCAAACCCCACCGAUUCCCCGCGUCAGCCUCGGCACCCAAGGACUAGAGGUGUCCAAGCUGGGGUUCGGGUGCAUGGGCCUCACAGGCUCCUACAACUCCCCGGUCGAGGACGACGCGGGCAUCGCCGUCAUCACGCACGCCUUCCGCCGCGGCGUCACCUUCUUCGACACCUCCGACGUCUACGGGCCCCACGCCAACGAGAUCCUCCUCGGCAAGGCGCUGAAGCAGCUGCCGCGGGAGCAGGUGCAGGUGGCCACCAAGUUUGGGAUUCAGCGGGAUGCCCAGGGCAAGAGCACCAUCUGCGGCCGCCCGGAGUACGUCCGCGCCUGCUGCGAGGCCAGCCUGCACCGCCUCGGCGUCGACCACAUCGACCUCUACUACCAGCACCGCAUCGACACCACCAUCCCCAUCGAGGACACGAUUGGUGAGCUCAAGAAGCUCGUGGGGGAGGGGAAGGUCAAGUACAUUGGGUUAUCGGAGGCGAGCCCCGACACCAUCAGGCGUGCUCACGCUGUGCACCCCAUCUCUGCCGUGCAGAUGGAGUGGUCUCUGUGGGCUCGCGACAUCGAGCCCGAGAUCGUGCCUCUCUGCAGAGAACUAGGGAUUGGAAUUGUUCCCUACAGCCCGAUUGCCCGUGGGUUUUUCGGUGGAAGGGGAGUGACACAGCAAGUGUCUGCUGAAUCUAGUCUGAAAGGCCAUCCACGUUUUUCGGCUGAGAACCUGGAGAAGAACAAGCAACUUUAUCUGAAAAUGGAAGAACUGGCCAAGAAGCACCAGUGCAGCCCUGCUCAGCUAGCUUUAUCCUGGGUUCUGCAUCAAGGGGAUGAUGUGGUUCCGAUACCAGGGACUACUAAGAUUAAGAAUCUAGACUCCAACAUUGACUCCUUGACGGUGAGGCUCACGGAAGAUGACCUCAAAGAGAUUAGCAACGAGAUACGCGAAGAAGAUGUUGCCGGUGGAAGGCAAUAUACUUCAUUUGCGAAAUUCACCUGGAAUUAUGCGGAUACGCCAAAGAAGUGA